CGUUGGUAUUUAGGAGAGCGUCGCGUCCUAGUGCCGUUCGCAGCUGGUACCGGUAUGAAGGGAGACGGCAUUGAGAACCCGGCUUUUGAGCCUCCCAGCCCCGACCUCAGCGGCCAGCGACAUGCGAGCCCUGCCGGGGCUGAAAGCCCAGCCCUGUCCCCGUCCCCGUCCCGAGCCGCGGCUGAGGCGGCCGAGGAGGGUCCGUGCGGCUGGGGCCGCUGCACCCCCAAGGCUCUGCAGCUCUGCAACAACCCCGAGGGCUACCUGGCUGCCUACAGCCUGCUGGCCAUCUUUCAAGGUAUUGUGGUAAAUGGCCUGAUUAACAUCAGUAUUUCAACAAUUGAGAAACGUUACGAGUUGAACAGCUCCCUCACUGGCUUAAUCUCUGCAAGCUAUGACAUUGCUUUUUGUAUAUUGUCACUGUUUGUAUCUUUCUUUGGAGAAAGAGGGCACAAACCACGAUGGCUGGCUUUCUCAGCACUUAUGCUAGGAUUGGGCUCACUUAUAUUUUCCUUACCACACUUCAGUAGUGGAAAAUACCACUUCGGAGCGAAGCGUGAAGAUACCUGCCAAAUUUCAGGAACAAGCUCUACAAACUUCACCUGCAGUGCCAACACAAAAUCUUCACUUUCGAACUAUCUUUAUGUCUUUAUACUGGGACAGCUGCUGCUGGGAGUUGGAGGAACUCCACUGUAUACUUUGGGGACAGCUUUUAUUGAUGAUAGUGUCCCAAAGCACAAGUCUUCUCUUUAUAUAGGAAUUGGCUAUGCCAUGUCACUGCUGGGGCCUGCUAUUGGCUAUGUCUUAGGUGGACAGCUACUUAAAGUUUACAUUGAUAUCCAGAUCCCAGAAAGUACACAUAUAGACCAAGAUGACCCACGCUGGCUUGGAGCAUGGUGGAUAGCAUUCCUUGCAUGCUUUUUUGCAAUUUGGUUUCUGAUAAUACCAUUUUCAUGCUUUCCGAAAUACUUGCCAGGAACAGCAAAAAUACAGGCUGAAAAAAUAUCUGAAACGCACAAUGAUGGAAGUGAGGCACUUGUUGAAACCAAGAAUAUUGGAAAGAGUUUUAAAGACUUCCCUGUUGCUCUUUUGAUUCUGUUGAAGAAUCCGGUGCUUAUGAGUCUAAUAGUAGCUAGUUCUUCAGAAGCAUUAGUUGCCACUGGCUUUGCCACUUUUUUACCAAAGUUCAUAGAAAAUCAGUUCGGAAAGACAUCAAGUUUUUCAGCAACUCUUGGAGGGCUUGUAUUAGUUCCAGCAGCAGCACUAGGCCAAGUCAUAAGUGGCAUCUUGGUAUCCAAGUGCAAAAUGGAUUGCAAAAACAUAAUCAAGUUCAUGAUAGGCACUUGUUCAGUGGCUCUACUGUUAAACACAGUGUUUUUAUUUGCUAAGUGUGGGAAUGAACCUUUCGCAGGUGUCUCUGAAACGUAUGAUGGAACUGGCAUGCUACAUAACUUAACAGCACCUUGUAAUGCUAACUGCAAAUGCUUGCGUUCUAUGUACUACCCAGUCUGUGGCAGAGAUAAAGUCCAGUACUUUUCCCCAUGUUAUGCAGGAUGUGCAUCAUCUCUUCUUACCAACAUGAAAAAGGCUUACUACAACUGUUCCUGUAUUGGGAAGCCAAAAAGAGAAAAUGGUUCAGAAGACAUUCUCUAUGAAGCUAUACCUGGGAAAUGUCCAACACGAUGCACAGUUCUACCUUUAUUUCUGAUCUUCUUCUUUUUUGCUGUUGUUUUUACAUUUAUGGCUGUUACUCCAACAACUGUGGCCAUUCUCAGAUGUGUGCCAGAUAAACAGCGUUCAUUUGCUCUUGGAGUACAGUCAGUAUUUCUACGACUACUGGGUACUAUCCCUGGACCAAUUUUGUUUGGUGUUGCAAUAGAUAACAGUUGUUCUCUGUGGGAUAUCGAUGAAUGUAAAACUAAAGGAGCCUGUUGGGUGUAUGACAACGAAAGAAUGGCAUAUCUGCUGAUGGGCAUAAGUGCUGCUUGCAAAAUCGUCACAAUCAUCUUUGUGAUCAUGGCAGUAUUUUUGUAUAAGCCUCCACAAGCAAGUCCAGCUCUGUCACAAAAGGAUUCAGAAAUGGUGGCUGCUAUACACACAUAAAUUGUGAGCAAAUCAGGGAGUUUCAAAAGAAGCCAAUAAGAGCAAGCACUGUUAAGACACUUAUACCAAAGUUCUUCAACAACAUCAAAUAUAAAAGAUAUUUAAUUCUUGAACUUUAAACUAUUUGUGAAUGUGUAUAGUGUUCUUUAAUUUGCUGAAUGUGAUAUUUAGUAUUCCAUUCUGUAUAUCCAAAAAAGCCAUUACAUUUCUAAUCUAAUUUUGAAUGUUGAAGGUAAACAAGUUAAAAUAUUCCAAUCAAAAAAUGGCAAAAAUGAGCUGAACUGGACUGACUGAGUCACAUUUUCCCUUCUUAUAUAGUAAUACCGAAGGGAGGAGCUUUACUGGGAGAAAAUGUGGAACUUGAUAUAUUAAAGGGAACUGUCAAUGUUUAAAAUGGGGAUUAUUUUUAUGUGCACAUUGCCUGGGCUAAUACUUCAGAUAUGGAUUUUGACUGUAGAUACACUUGGGAGCGUGCAAGUAUGGACAUGUUUUAAAUAUUUUUACAUGUUAUCCUAAUGGCAUUAAUUCACUCUUUAGUAUUUGUAGAAAACUGUAAAUAGUUAUAGGUAGCUGCAUUUGUGACAGCACAGUUUGUUAACUUAAGUGCCUUAGUUUCUAUUUGAAAUAUACACAGAAAGAUGCUAUCAAGCUUCUUUCUUUAGGGAAUGUCAAUAUUUUUCUAUAAACUUUGAAAAUAAAACCUAUUUUCUUAAA